AUUAGAAAUCACUUAUUUCUCUAAAAAUCUAAACCCUAGUAUCUCCUCUUCUCACAAAUACUUGAGUUGUUCUUAUUCAAAAAAUUACACGAAAUACAAUGGUUCGGAUGGUUAGAUCCAAUUGUACAAACGUUGGUGCGGUGGUGAUGGCGGACGUACAAAGCGUGUCGCGGAACGCAACCUUUCUCUUUUUCUCGGAGUAUGGUGUUAGAGCAGAUUUAGAUCGUAAGCUUCUUGUAGAAGCUAAUUCUUGCCGAAUUGAACCGUUGGUCGUCGUAGGGCGUUUUGAACCGGUUUGAGUGGUCAGAAAUGGAAGGUUGAGAAAAGUAGUGUUUGGGAUCUAGCCUACAAGGAUGAGUCGGUUGGUGACUGGGAUCAAACCUCUCCAGUUUUUGUUCGAAUGAAAAUGGAAUUUGAUUCAGACACUAGCUGCUUUGGAGAAUAAUCAAUAAAGAAUUAGCAAUUACAUGAAGCUUACGAUCAAAAUAUGUUCAAACACCAUAUUCCGAAAGAUAGAGAAAAGUUGCGUUCCGCGACAUGCUUUGUAGUUUGUACCUCCACUAUCACGACCGCAUAAAUUUCUGGAUGAUUAGAUCUAAACAUCAGAACCAUUAUAUUCCAUAUACUAUUUUGAUAAAAACAACUCAUAUAUUUGCGAAAAAGGAGAUAAUAAAGUUUUAAACUGUUAAAAAAAAAAGUGAUUUUUGAUAUCAGAAAUAAGUGACGGAGAUUGGCUUGAUAUAAAACCAAGAAAAAACGUAUUAGUACCAAACAACAAAAAUAGAUUUUAAGGGCUACACGUUUGAUCCACCAAAAUCUUUUGUAAAAAUGAAAAGACUAGCUUAAUUUUUUUUUUAAAUUGGUUUACAAUUUAAAUCUGUUAGCUAAUCAUAAUAAUUUUAUAAUGAUUUUUUAGUCUAAAU